AUGCCCGAUAACCACCAAUUCAGGCGUGCUGGCAGGCGGCAAGGGGUCAGGAGACGAGGCUUCAUCCAACCUCCGUUCGACACGAACAACCUCCGGCCUGAUGAGCUGAUGUCAGAGCUCACCAUCAUGCUCGCCCAUGGCAACGAGAUGACUGUCCCGUUUCUAUUCAGCCGAGACUUCCCCCACGGCUUCUUCCAUGCCUGGUAUGCGGAGGGAACCGGGUUCCCCAUCACCGAGUUGGUACGGUCGUACAUGACGCCCUUCGGGGCCAUUCACUGCACCAGGGCUAUCAAUCUCUUCGUCAAGCCUGCCGGCGCAGACCGCUUCGUCUUGGUCCAGCUUUCCCUUUUGGAAACCGAGACUUACCCGUACGGGAACCUGCCCGCCAUCUUCGGCCAGCCGUUUGUCGACUAUUUCUACGGCACGAGCUGGCCGUACAUCAACGUUAUCCAACCUCUCGUCCAUCUCGACUUUUCCCCACGCCAGUCGACUACGUUUCCGGGUCCUGCGGUGCACGACCCCAUGGCAGCGGCAGGGAGCUUCACCAACAAUGCGUCAACCUGGCCGGCCCCAAGCCAACUCCAGGUCGGCUUUGCCCAGGCCGGCGACACUAUUACAUUUGCUGCCACCGCUGCGACGACGGACGAGCUCUCUCGGGAGGACCAGACGCGGAUCUGGGUCGAGGAAAACGGGUCCCCCUCCCAGGAUGUGGUGGACGGGUAA